CCUCUCCACCCCCUCGCCCUAGCAGAGUGAGUCCCGGCGCGUCGCCGCGGACGCUGGAGAGCAGGCGCUCGGCUCUGCCUGCUCCGCGUCCUCCGCUGCUGGCUGGCCGGAGCCCGCUCGCCCCGUCGCGCUCCCCCGAGGGCAUGCGCCAGCGGCGGGACGCUCGGCUCCCGGGCUCGGCGGCGCGGACGAGUGACAGCGGACGUACAGCUUGUCCACCAUGAAUGAGUGUCACUAUGACAAACGGAUGGACUUUUUUUACAACAUGAGCAACACAGACACAGCAGACGAGUGGACAGGGACAAAGCUUGUGAUCGUCUUGUGCGUCGGGACUUUCUUCUGCCUCUUUAUAUUUUUUUCUAACUCCCUGGUCAUCGCUGCAGUGAUCACAAACAGGAAGUUCCACUUUCCCUUCUACUACCUGCUGGCUAACUUAGCCGCUGCGGACUUCUUCGCCGGAAUCGCUUAUGUGUUCCUGAUGUUUAACACUGGCCCAGUGUCCAAAACCUUGACUGUCAACCGCUGGUUUCUCCGCCAGGGGCUCCUAGACACAAGCCUGACUGCCUCCCUGGCCAAUUUGCUGGUUAUUGCUGUGGAAAGGCACAUGUCCAUCAUGAGGAUGAGAAUCCACAGCAACCUGACCAAAAAGCGGGUGACGCUGCUCAUUCUGCUGGUGUGGGCCAUCGCCAUCUUCAUGGGGGCGGUCCCCACGCUGGGCUGGAAUUGCCUCUGCAACAUCUCGGCCUGCUCUUCUCUGGCUCCCAUUUACAGUCGGAGUUACCUCAUUUUCUGGACUGUGUCCAACCUCCUGGCCUUCUUUAUCAUGGUGGUGGUGUACGUGCGCAUCUACAUGUAUGUUAAGAGGAAAACCAACGUCUUAUCUCCACACACGAGCGGCUCCAUCAGCCGCCGGAGGGCUCCCAUGAAGCUAAUGAAGACGGUCAUGACUGUCUUAGGCGCCUUCGUGGUCUGCUGGACCCCAGGUCUGGUGGUGCUGCUGCUGGACGGCCUGAACUGCAAGGAGUGUAACGUGCAGCACGUGAAGCGCUGGUUCCUGCUGCUCGCACUGCUCAACUCCGUCAUGAACCCCAUCAUCUACUCGUAUAAGGACGAGGACAUGUACAACACCAUGCGAAAGAUGAUCUGCUGUGCCCCGCAGGACAGCAACUCCGAGAGGCGCCCCUCCCGCAUCCCCUCCACCAUCCACAGCAGGAGCGAGACGGGCAGCCAGUACCUGGAGGACAGCAUCAGCCAGGGCCAGGUGUGCAAUAAAAACGGCUCCUAAGCCAAGGACGCCUCCGCCCUCUUCCCCUGGGGAAAGAGCUGUUAAGCAUCCUCGCCUGUCUCACAAAGCACAUGGACCGUGUUGUGUGAGGGCUCCAUGGAUCACUGCUGGAGCUCUUAAAGUUGCCAUUGUCCAGGAGGAUAAGAUACCGCCUUUAGUAACUGCACAGGAAAGGGAGAGUCGAACAAUGGGUUCCUGCUCAGCUCUAGCGCGAGGCAUGCGGGGCUCUGCCGUUUUUUUGCCGCCCUUGUCUCUGUGUUUUCAAAGAUGGUGUUGAAAAUCCUAGGUCAAAAGAAGUAGUAAAUAAUGGUACCUGGGCCUCCUUGUGUGGCUGCUAGACUAUAGUUGUUUCUGAAUGCGUUGAAAAUGUUCAGAAAGCAUUUCAGCAGUGGACUUUGCUUUCGCUAGAGAAGCCAUGGUCAGGAGCUAGAUGCGCAACGGUAGAGUAAGUGUUGCUAUUGACCGGCAGGAUGAACCGCUUCCAAAUAGCGUCCAGUAUGAGCAUGAUUAGAUCCUCAGUCUCGGUUAUCCGACGCCACUGAGGGGCUUGCUGGAGCCCAUGUGCAGAGGAAAUUGCAUAUAGAGUAUUUUAACCAAAGCUGCCAGCAUACUCUAUCUUACUGGAGGACUGAAUUUUAAUCUUGUAUUUUUUUCUCCUUCAAAGACCUCUGAAAGGCAGAUCAGUUAAAAACAAAAAUAAGUGUUUCUUACACAUAGGCUACUGAGCAGUGUUUUCUAUGUAAGAUGUUUAGAGUAUAUUCUGACUUAACGUAAGAAUAACUUCAAGGCAGGUACUAUAGUAUUUAUGUAGUUCGCUAACGUUUCCAUGCCCCCCCCCCCGCUGUUGUGAUGGAACAUUUAUGUGCACAAACUACUUGUAAUAAAAGAUUUUAAGCAGUUAUGCUUUGAGAUAUAAUGGCCUAAAAUAUCGAGCCUUGUGAUUUGAAGUCUUAGAAUUUACAUGCUUGAUGCAGUAGGUAGGUGUACCCAAAGUUUAUGUGAAAGCUACCUAUAAAAUAAAAAAUUUUAAAGGAC